UUAAAUACGAAACAUUUGCCGACUCCACUACUGUCUUUGGGUGAAUCGGGAGGAUGCUCUGUUUGGGUGGAUUCAGUUGCAGCAGCGGGGUCUCUCCCCCAAUCAAACCGAAUAACAGAUUCCUCCUCCACAGGCCCACAUGGCGCCGAUUCAAGGCCCAAGAGUCUGACUCUUCUUUUGCACCCUCUCUCGACUCCGACAAAACCGCUGCUGCUGGAUUCUGCAUCAUAGAAGGUCCAGAAACGGUGCAAGAUUUUGCCAUGAUGGAGCUUCAAGAAAUUCAGGACAACAUUCGAAGCCGGAGGAACAAAAUUUUCUUACACAUGGAAGAGGUUCGUAGACUUAGGAUACAGCAAAGAAUUAAAAAUACUGAACUUGGAAUUGUAAAAGAAGAGCAAGAGAAUGAACUUCCUAACUUCCCGUCAUUCAUUCCAUUUUUGCCUCCUUUGACUUCGGCAAACCUCAAGCAAUAUUAUGCAACCUGUUUUUCUCUUAUUGCUGGGAUAAUUCUUUUUGGUGGUCUCCUUGCACCCAGUUUGGAGCUUAAACUGGGACUUGGGGGCACAUCUUAUGCAGAUUUUAUUCAAAGUGUGCAUCUGCCAAUGCAGCUGAGUCAGGUUGACCCCAUAGUAGCAUCAUUCUCUGGAGGAGCAGUUGGAGUAAUCUCAGCAUUAAUGGUUGUUGAGAUAAACAAUGUAAAACAGCAGGAGCAGAAAAGGUGCAAGUACUGUCUUGGUACUGGAUAUCUUGCAUGUGCUCGCUGUUCAAGCACAGGGGCACUUGUUCUGAUUGAACCAGUGUCCACGGUCAAAGGUGGAAAUCAACCUCUAUCACCACCAAAAACUGAGAGAUGUUCAAAUUGCUCUGGAUCUGGCAAGGUUAUGUGUCCAACGUGUCUUUGCACUGGAAUGGCCAUGGCAAGCGAACAUGAUCCACGAAUUGAUCCUUUUGAUUAGAGGCUCAAUAAAUAUAGUUAUCCCGAUCAGGCAAUUUGAAAUUAUAAAUUUCAAAUUUGUGUUUUUUUUUUUGUUUCCUUGGCAGAGGAGGAAUUUCUGUAAAUAUGUACAAACUUAUAAGAAAAAGAAAGUUGGUGAAGAAUAUAGUCACUUUCCCUUUAUUUUUUAGUAUU